CUGCGCUCUCUGUCGAGAGGAUUUCCGGCAAGCCUGCUCCGGCAGGCAGCGGGCCCCCGUAUGGGGCCCGUACGCGAGCUAUCGCCGGCGGCCGGCGGCCGGCUCAUGGGCACCCGGUGUCAGGAGAAAGAAGCACAGGAAAUGAUAGCCACUAUGCAGAAGACAAUAAAGGAGACGCAAGCUGCAGCCUCGGAAGGCCACCUCUUGUUACGGCAAAAGUUCACUGACUUGCAGAAGAAAACGAGCCGUGAUUUGGAUAAGUUGACCAAGUAUGCCAAAAUCUUGAAUAAGGUUGCAAACGUAACUGUUGGUGCGGCAAUUAUUGGUGUUCCAUGGUUCCUCAUUGCAGGAAGAAAGGAUCAAGCCUGAAAACCUCUUCAAAUGUGGAUUCUGUCGCUCCCGAUGAUCGGAGGCAAGAGUCUAGCUCAAUAAUUGUCUGACAGAAAGCUUCCCCUGUUGUGGAACUAGUCCGAGGUUUCUAUGUUACCUUGGAACUAGUCCAGGGUUACCUUGGUAUGUAAGUCUUAUCCGCUGUAAUCUGUUGUGGAACUGGUUGGAGUUUUAUUACCUUCCGAAUGUUAGUCGUCAUGUAGCACUUUGUAAUUACCUUGUUAAGCCGACUGCUUGUUCUAUGAAGAAGCGUCUAUAUGUAAACCUUUAACUUAUUCUGAAGUUCAACCUUUAACUCU